GGUUAACAAAUUUCCCAGCAAAAUAUUCCCCCAAAUUCCCCAGGAGCUGUAGUGAUGUCAUAUCCGUUGUCCAGGUCUCCACACCUCUCUCAGCAGUUACUCCUUUUUUCUUUUUCUUGGGUCAAAACUUUUGAGGUGGGCUGGCUGUCUAGCUGCAGGGAGAAGGUAGACCGCGGCAGCAGGCUGGAGGCGCUUCAGCACCUCGGCCAGCGCCCACUGCAGCCCAACCCACCCUCAGGCUCUCCCGACUCCCAGCUCUGAGAAUGCCUGCGGAAUGAUCGCCCCCCAGGGCGGCUGCCUCCGCUGCUGCUCCUGCCGCUGCUGCUGCCACCGCCUCUGCCUCCACUCUGCUCUGACUGGCAGGCAGAAAGUGCAACUGACGAGGGAAAGGUCUCUGCAGUGAGAACGGAGUGCUACAUAAAAGAGAGUACAGAGGGGACAAAACCCAGAUCAGAAUGCAGGCGACGUCCCACCUUCUCAAUCUCCUGCUGCUGUCUCUGCUGGCUGGAUUAGACCCUUCCAAGACUCAGAUUAGUCCCAAAGAGGGGUGGCAAGUAUACAGCUCCGCACAGGACCCUGAUGGGCGAUGUAUUUGCACAGUGGUUGCUCCGGAACAAAACCUGUGCUCCAGGGAUGCCAAAAGCAGGCAACUUCGUCAACUGCUGGAAAAGGUUCAGAACAUGUCUCAGUCUAUUGAAGUCCUAAACUUGAGAACUCAGAGAGAUUUCCAAUAUGUUUUAAAAAUGGAAACCCAAAUGAAAGGACUCAAAGCCAAGUUUCGGCAGAUUGAAGAUGACCGGAAAACACUAAUGACCAAGCAUUUCCAAGAGUUAAAGGAAAAGAUGGAUGAGCUCCUGCCCUUGAUUCCUGUGCUGGAGCAGUACAAAACAGAUGCCAAGCUGAUCACCCAGUUCAAGGAGGAGAUUCGAAAUCUCUCUGCUGUCCUCACUGGAAUUCAGGAGGAGAUUGGUGCCUAUGACUACGAGGAGCUUCAUCAAAGGGUGCUCAGCCUGGAAACCAGACUCCGGGACUGCAUGAAGAAGCUAACAUGUGGCAAAUUGAUGAAAAUCACAGGCCCCAUUACAGUCAAGACAUCUGGAACUCGAUUUGGUGCUUGGAUGACAGAUCCUUUAGCAUCUGAAAAAAAUAACAGAGUCUGGUAUAUGGACAGUUACACUAACAAUAAAAUCGUUCGUGAAUACAAGUCAAUUGCAGACUUUGUCAGUGGGGCUGAAUCAAGGACAUACAACCUCCCUUUCAAGUGGGCAGGAACUAACCAUGUGGUCUACAAUGGCUCACUGUAUUUUAACAAGUAUCAGAGUAAUAUCAUCAUCAAAUACAGCUUUGAUGUGGGGAGAGUGCUAGCCCAACGAAGCUUGGAGUAUGCUGGUUUUCACAAUGUUUACCCAUACACGUGGGGUGGAUUCUCUGACAUCGAUUUAAUGGCAGAUGAAAUCGGACUGUGGGCUGUGUACGCAACUAACCAGAAUGCAGGCAAUAUUGUCAUCAGUCAACUUAACCAAGAUACCUUGGAGGUGACGAAGAGCUGGAGCACUGGCUACCCCAAGAGAAGUGCAGGCGAAUCUUUCAUGAUCUGUGGGACACUGUAUGUCACUAACUCCCAUCUAACUGGAGCCAAGGUGUAUUAUUCCUAUUCCACUAAAACUUCCACCUAUGAGUACACAGAUAUUCCCUUCCAUAACCAGUACUUUCAUAUAUCCAUGCUUGACUACAAUGCAAGAGAUAGAGCUCUUUAUGCCUGGAACAAUGGCCACCAGGUCCUUUUCAAUGUCACCCUUUUCCAUAUCAUUAAGACUGAGGAUGACACAUAGGCAAAAGUGAUUUAUUUUUCUUUAUUCAAACACUACCAUUUGUGAUAAAAUCUACAUGACCUUUUCUUGCUGAUUUUUCAUUACUCUAGCUUUUCAUCACUUCUCCAAAGCAAAACACUUUUUAAUUGUAAAUUCUGUUUCAAAAAAUAGCUGAGUCUACAUUAAUGUGUUAGAAACACAUCUUGACCCUAAAAUUACAAGAACUAUCACGUCCUUGUCAUGAAAAACGCUAAAAAGAGUUUAAGUGGCUAAAAUCAUAGUUUUGCAAAAGAUUAAUGAUCUGCCUUAUAUUAGAGUCAGAGACUAAUGGUGGCUUAAAUGCAUGAAUGUCUUUUUUCCUUUAAUUCUGUCAUUUUUUACUGUCUUUUGCUCCACAUCAGGAAAUAUUUUGGUAGGAACUAGAGUUGAGAAAAUAAGCACUUUAGUCCUAUUUAUUUCUAGAAAAGAUUUAGGGAUUUUAUUUGUACAGAAAUAUAAUAUUAAUCAUUUUGCUGUUAACACAAUUCUCUGAUGCGGUGCUGUACAGUCAUUUUUAAAUCUCUUGCUAACAUUUUAUUGCAAUAUGUAUUUUUACCAUUGUAACCACCAUUGUGCAAUUGUAUUUCUUCACUUCUGUGAAAGUAAUAUUUUUUAUAAAAUACACUGAAACUUCAUCUCAGUAAUAAUUUGAGUCAAUUUUCAAGUAUGGUCAAGAAAGAUCUUCUUGACUUAUCCCUCUACAAAAGCACUAUAAACUAAAAAGAAAAUCAAACUAUAUUAUUUUACAUUUAGUCUUUAUGGCAAGUUUAUUUGAAAAUUCAGUAUCAGUAUAGCCAAGUUACUCUGUUCAUUCAAAGCAACCUGUAUAGCUUCUUGAAAAAUACAGCUAAGUACAAAAAUUUUAUCUGAGUUGACUCUACUCACUUAUUAUACAGAAGACAUUUUUUAUUCUUCACAAUUAAAUAUCUUAAUAUUUUAAUUCAUAUUUUACUUGCAACUUGAAAUAAUUUAAUUUAUUGUAUUAUAAUUCUAAAAAAGUCCAAAAAAGUAAAUGUAUAUUCUUAAAAAGGGGGAGAGUUAUUGGCAAGACUUGCACAAAAAAUUAUAGAGAGACCUGAGAAUUGCCACUUUGAUUUUAAAUGUGUAAGUAAUCAAUUUAUAAAUGACAUCCGAAGGUAAGUCCUCAGAAAUAAUAUAACAAAAAGAGAAAAUUUAAAUACUGUUAUGUUAUUAAUUCCACAAUAUAGCAAACAUGUUCUUGAGUUUGCAUAUUCUUUCUAUAUACUUUUAAGAUUUUCCCUAAGGCAGCUUUAUGGAAACUAAUAGGAAACAAUUUUAAAUUUUAAAUCUAUAGUCUAUAAUAAAUAAUACGUAGCUUAAAUUAUAAGUGGUUAGUUCCACACAUAACAAACACCAAAACUUCUUUUGAAAAAUAGGGCCAUAUUCAGAUAAAGCAUUACAUAAAGAAAUGUUCAUAUUUAAGGUAAUUCAUUCUGAAUAUAGCAGAUAAAACAUCAUUUUUAAAUAUUUCAUUGUCAAAAUUCUAGGAGUACACACCCGAGUCUUGAAAAUGUUAAAGUUUAAUAAAGAUUUGUGAAUUUUUUCCUACAAAAAAUUUGCAUGAUUUGAUGAUCACUUUGAAUUCUUUUGCAAUGUUGCUGCUGUUUCCUUUAAAAAUUUGCAUAAGUUCCCCACUGCUGUAGAGAUUUGGAAAGUUUACUACAUUUAUAUGCCAUACGACACACACCACAAAAAUAAUCAUUGAUCUGUAUGUAAGUUUGUAUGAGAAAAUAAAAUAACAUUAAUUUCAGAAUAAAUGGAAUUUUUAGGUAGCUGGCAUCCAAUAAAUAGCUUCAUCUUGCUUUUAAAAAAUAAUGUUACAUAGCAUCACAUACAUUCAAAAUAUGGAUGAUUAGAGCUCAUUUGUGAGGUGUGCAGUUUGUAAAGCACCUUAUUGUGUUUUGUGUAAGAUUAUAUCACCAUAUCCAAUUUCCAAUGUAUGUGCUGCUGGAACAAAGAUGUUAUUGUCACUAGAAGUGGAGGUAACAUUAGUUUAAAAAAUGUGACUUGUAUUAAACAUACACAAUUUAAAAAUAUUUUUCUUAAUAAAUUAUUAGUUCUGUGCCUGAAAUAAAUAAUAAUUUACUUUCAUCGCUGUUUUUUAAAUAUACAACAAAUAAAAUGAAUUUUAUGAGAGAAAUAAUGAGUAUUUUAAAUUCAUUCGUAUAAUCCUACUCAGAAAGUAAAUUCUACUCAGAAAGUCUUACUGUUCAGUGAACUGUGUAUUUGGUAUUUUCAGAAUUAACCAAAUCAUUAACAAUUUUCAUGUCAUCCAAACAAUAUUGCAUUUAUGGCUUGACUGUGUUUGUGUGUUAUUUGUAUUGUGCACUUGAAUCAUAAAGCUUAUUACUUGUACCUCAGCUUAUAUCUAUGGGUUCAUACAAUGGUACUAUUUCAAUGCAUUACAAAUAUGUAGAAAUAAAAGAAAAUAAUAGCAGAUGCAUUAUAUACAUAAUAACGAAUAAUUAGUUAUGAUUCUUAUCUCUAUACUCAAGAGUUAAUUCACCAUCAUAAUGAACAGUAUUUUUUCUGACAAAUUCAUAUAUUCAGAAGUUAAUGUUGGCAUGUCAUUGAUACUAACUCCUCAUGAUAAACAAUUAUUCAUAGUUGAAACAGACUACAAUCUUUGCAGUUACAUAUUUUUCAAAUAGAAAAGUCAUUUUUAAGUAUAAUUGUAUAAAUGUGUGCCUAUUUAUUGAACACUGGUUCUUUUGAGCUACUAAGGUAAGUUUUACAUAUGAAAAUUCUUAAGAAUCAUUCUCCUUAAAGAAUAGAUUUUAAAAAGAUAUCUGGUCUUUUUUAACACUCAUAAUUGCCAAAUUGUUCUUGUUAAUGUUACAUUUGAAUGCAACUGACAGCAAAAUAAAAUGUGUCCCUUCAAGUUAGGGCAAUUACAAAAUAUAUAGCAUUUCAGAGUUCCUAAAAGCUAAGCCUUUUAGAAGUGGUACUUUUGAAAACAGAAUAAAAAACAACAUCUUACUAACUUCAUGAAUUAAUUAUACCUUUUGCCACGCUAACAAGUUGAGUUCCUAUGACAUUAUCAAACAACAUUUAAAGACAGAGUAUACAUUGUCUUCUUGAUCAUCAUUUAAGUGAGCUACAAGGAGACCUACUCUACAGUAGUCUACCUCCUGCUAGAAUCAGAGUGCAUAAAUUGAUAGCCAAUAUUUUAUGGAAGCCAUAAAAUGAUAUAAAACCUUAAUCACCAACUGUUUAUUGCUAGAAGCAGUUAUGCUUGCUUCAAAAACCCAGAAUCACUACAUACCCCUCAGCUCAGUAAACCCUAACCAUACUGAGGUUAAGAUCAGGAACUAGGCUUUAUUUCCAAAAUUUAAUCCAAUUCAGUACAAACCUGUAAGAUAAUAUUGUCAUGAUCCAUAGAUUCAGAGGUCUGUGUGUUCUAAUCUCUUCUUUUGCAUUAUUUAAAUAGUACUAGAAACAUAAGAUGAAAACAUUAAGAUACUGAAGAAAAACCAGUAUGCAUGAAAUCUGUAUUUUUCUUAGAAGUCAUGAAUUCAAUUUAUAAAAACCUAAUGAAUAAAGACUAUAAAAUUCUUUUCUCUAUGGUUUUUCUGAUUAGAAUAUCCACCUCCAAAGUGAAUUUAACAACCUGAUUUAUCUUUUGUUUGGUAUAUCCCUGGCCCUAACUUGAUUUAUCUCACAUUGGAAAUCAUCUUAUGCCACUUACUCCUUUUAGUUUUUCUGUUUUGUCAGGUUUAGGAAAAUUUUAAUCCUGUUUGGAGUCCGUUCUGUAUCCAAAGUGUCUAACUAGUUUGAUAUGAAACUUACCUCCUUGGAUGCUCAGUUCAUCAAGUGCCAAAUAAUUUUUCAAGUAUAAAUUGUUAUUCAAAGUAACUUGAUGUGAUGUAAAAAGUAAUUGUUUAUGCUCUUGUCAGGAAUACACAACUUUUAUCACUGCAAACAUCUUAAAAUAUUACUUCUGAGGGGCUGGGGAUUUAGCUCAGAAGAAUAAGCGCUUGCCUUGCAAGCAGGCAGUCGUGAGUUCGAUCCCCGAUACCGAUAAAAAGGAAAAAGAAAAAAAAUAUUACUUCUUGGUAGAAAUAUGAAACAAUACAAUGAAUAUGGAAGAGUUCUUCGGAGUACCUCAAUGCUGGAAGGGGUUUGCUGAAAAACCACACAUAUACAUGCAAUUCAGUACAGUGUUGCACCCCUACCAUGUCAUGGUAUGCCCAGAAGAAUUUGCAUCUGUUUUUUAAGAAAUUAAAUGUUACCGGAAUAUAUCAUGCACUACCUAAAUUGAGACUUGCAAAUAUUUUAAUCAAAAGAUUUUCACAGAAAAUAAAUGACAAACAUCUGACAAAAGAGCAAGAAAUUAGUUCAAUUAAAUAUUAGUCACUUUAAAAUUUUUUCACACUGCAGUAACACAUUUUCUGUUAGCUGUUUGUCUAUAUCUUUCUUGACAUCACAUAAAUUUAUACACAUUACCUAUAAGCAAUGUACACACUUUAAAAUUUAUAAUGAUUACACAGUUAUUUUAAAAGCAUUGUUUCUCUGGUAUGAGAAACAAAAAGUGUAAAUAAGGACCAAAAUGUGUAUUAGGUAUUGUGAAAUAGGAAGAAAAUGUUCAAAUAAGGCAGGUACAAGGGAGAGGGCAGACGGACAGAAAAGAAGGUAAAAGUUAAAAAAAAAGUGAGAAAAGAAGGGAAAAGUGGAAACAAAGCUUUUGUAAACUGAGAAGGAAUGAAGGGUUGAAGGGAGAAGAGGAAAUAGGAAAAGAAGAAUCAAGUUAUAUCAUGGACAGGUAGAAAUUCUCCACGAUGAAUGUGAUCAUUUUGUAUAUCUAAAAUGUACCAAUAAAAUCUGACAGAAGAAAAAAAUUUUUUUUAAUGUAUGAUGCAUUGAAAACACUUUUACACGUGAAAAUAGUUAGGCAGUAUGUGCUACUACAUGCUGUAAGUGCUAGGGACACAGCAGUCAACAAAUAGUCUUCAUGUAUUGAUGUCCUGGUUGGAACAGGCUACAACAAAAAUUAUGAAAAAUAACUUCUGUUGGAUCAACCACUAUGAAAGAGAUUAUAAGAGUAUUUAUAAUACAGAGUGAUUAGAUGUUUUCCAGGAACAGGAUGAGGUAGAGAAUGAUGUUUAGAGGGAACAGUUUAGAAAGGUCUCCCCAAAAUACUACAUGCCAUGCUAAAUUCAUUCAAAUAAUGAAAUGUCAUCAUUUGUUCCACAUGAAAAGUUUGACUUUUUUAUUCCUAGAAAUUCUGCAAUCAAAUAUUUCUAAUAUUUUUUAUGGUAGAGGUUUCAUGGUUUUGAUAUACUUAGUUCUUUAACAUAGAGCUCAGGGGAUGGUUUAUAAUACUGAUGGCAUAUGCCAAAUUUAAUAUGUAGCAGUGGUUGUACAUAUUUUCUGGUAGAGGAAUUGCAAAUCUUAUCAGAUUUCAGAGAAAGCCAUUUUACAAAGGACCAUGGCUCUAUUGAUCCAAUCAUAAUUUAAUCAUGAUGCAUAAAAUACUCAUAUUUUUAUGACAAGCACUGAAUGUGAUGUGUUGAAGUUCUCAUGAACACCAAUUUGGUUGUUGAUUAAAACAAAUGAACAUAUUAGUAUUGUUUUUAAGUAUUAUUUUAUUUUCUUUAGCAGUGAAGAUUAAAUUUUUUCCUUUACAGAGAGUCUUACUAUAUUUGGACUGGAUCGAGUUUUAUUCAGUGAUCCAGUUUUUUUAGGCACGUUUUUGUCAGAUUUAGUGACCAGAGAAUUUCUACUGAUCACUACAUUACAUUUAUUUGAAUCUAGAGAGUACUCUCUUCUAAUUCCUGUGCAGCCUUUUGUUAGUACUGUUAGACACUAACUGGAAGAGAGUAGAUGCAGCAAAUUAAAAUGCGAAGUUCUUUUGUGAAAUUAACUACUGAAGCAGUAAUCUAGCAGAAAAGAAAGGUACUAACAGUUGCCAUGAAUUAUAAAGUGUUUUAGUUGACAUGCAUUUGAUCUAGAGUACAAAUUCAGAAUCGUUCUUUUUAAAAUUUUUUUAUUAAAAAACACAACAAACAAAACUCCAGCCAUGCUUGUACAGAUAGAGUCAUGCUGAGCAAGGAAAUGAAACAGUUUCUUCCAGCAAUGUUGAUUUUUACUUUUUCCUCACAGAGGAUUUGAAAAAACAUGUGCAUUAUCUUCCACUGCAAUAUUAACCAAAAAAUAGAGUAUUUUAUUCUCUCCCUAAUGUCUUUAUUAAACUCUUAAAAGUUACUGUUAGCAAAUGAAGUACAUAUUAAAAAAUAGUUAAACCA